AAAUAGAAACAAAGUUGGUCACAAAUCACAUUGGCUUUGCCCGAAGUUUUUUUUUCACCUUUCUUUAGCAUGCGACCAUGGGGAAAGUGACCGCUCGUGUCAGUGGGGGAAGUCAGGGUGGUUUAGUGCCCAGGGAACGGCUGUAACUUCUACGUGACCAUGGUACCUGUUGAAAACGCAGAGGGCCCCAGUCUGCUGAAACCGAAGGGGCCAGCAGCCGAGACUGACGGCAGCGACAGAGCCAGCGGCGGCCGGCAUCCUCCCUGGGCGAGAGGUUGCGGUAUGUUUACUCUCCUGUCAUCUGUCACGGCUGCUGUCAGCGGCUUCCUGGUGGGGUAUGAACUUGGGCUCAUCUCUGGGGCUCUUCUGCAGAUAAGAACCUUGUUAGCCCUGACCUGCCACGAGCAGGAAAUGGUUGUAAGCUCCCUCCUCAUCGGAGCCCUACUGGCCUCUCUCAUUGGAGGGGUGCUGAUUGACAGGUGUGGAAGAAGGGCCGCCAUCAUCCUGUCGUCCUGCCUCCUUGGACUUGGGAGCCUGGUCUUGAUCAUCAGUUUAUCUUAUGCGGCUCUCAUAGCGGGACGCAUUGCUAUUGGGGUUUCCAUUUCACUCUCUUCCAUCGCCACGUGUGUCUACAUCGCAGAAAUUGCUCCCCAACACAAGAGAGGCCUUCUUGUGUCGCUGAACGAGCUGAUGAUUGUCAUUGGCAUCCUUUUUGCCUACAUUUCAAAUUACGCGUUUGCCAAUGUUUCCCACGGCUGGAAAUACAUGUUCGGCCUUGUUAUUCCCUUGGGAGUUUUGCAGGCGAUUGCGAUGUACUUUCUUCCUCCAAGUCCUCGGUUUCUGGUGAUGAAGGGACACGAGGAAGCUGCUAGCAAGGUUCUCGGAAAGCUGAGAGCCAUCUCCGAUACCACGGAGGAACUCACUGUGAUAAAAUCUUCCCUGAAAGAUGAAUAUCAGUACAGUUUUGGGGAUCUGUUUCGUUCAAAGGACAACAUGAGGACCCGAAUCAUGAUAGGCUUAACAUUAGUAUUUUUUGUACAAAUCACUGGUCAGCCAAACAUAUUAUUCUAUGCAUCCACUGUUUUGAAGUCCGUUGGCUUCCAAAGCAACGAGGCAGCCAGCCUCGCCUCCACAGGGGUUGGGGUUGUCAAGGUCCUCAGCACCAUCCCGGCCACCCUGCUUGUAGACCAUGUCGGGAGCAAAACCCUCCUCUGUGUCGGCUCCUCUGUGAUGGCAGCUUCAUUGGUAACCAUGGGCAUCGUGAAUCUCAACAUCCAUAUGAACUUUACCAAUAUCUGCAGAAACCAUAGUCCUAUCAACCAGUCUUUGGAUGAAUCUGUGCUUUAUGGACCAGGUAACCUGUCAGCCAGCAAUGACACUCUUAGAGAAUCCUUUAAAGGGAUGGCUUCCCACAGCAGAAACUCACUAAGGCCCAUGAGAAAUGACCUGAAUAAGAGAGGAGAAACGACCUUGGCAUCCUUAUCGAAUGCUGGACUAAGCCAAACUGAAUACCAGAUCAUCACAGACCCUGCGGACGUCCCAGCUUUUUUGAAAUGGCUGUCCUUGGCCAGCUUGCUUGUUUAUGUUGCUGCAUUUUCAAUUGGUCUAGGACCAAUGCCCUGGCUGGUGCUGAGUGAGAUUUUUCCUGGUGGAAUUCGAGGACGAGCCAUGGCUCUAACUUCUAGCAUGAACUGGGGCAUCAAUCUCCUCAUCUCUCUGACCUUUUUGACUGUGACAGAUCUCAUUGGCCUGCCAUGUGUGUGCUUUAUAUAUACAAUUAUGAGUCUAGCAUCUCUGGUUUUUGUUGUUGUGUUUAUACCCGAAACAAAGGGAUGCUCUUUGGAACAAAUAUCAAUGGAGCUGGCAAAAGAGAACUAUGUGAAAAACAAUAUUUGUUUUAUGAGUCAUCACCAAGAGGAAUUAGUGCCAAAACAGCUUCAAAAAAGAAAACCCCAAGAUCAGUUCUUGGAGUCUAGAAAGCUGCGGGGUAGGGGACAGCCAAGGCAGCUUUCUCCAGAGACCUAAUGGCCUCAAAACCUUACAAACGUUGAUACAGUAUGAGAACAUUUAGGGUGUCUUCCUACCAAUACAUAUUGGCCACUCCCAUGUUUUCUCUUCAGUAUCACAGAGCUACUUUAAAAGGGACACCCUGAAAUUACAGAGACAAUCUUUAAUUGUUUUAUAACCCGCCCAAAAGGAACCAUGAAAGGUAGGUGAGGAACAAGGCCCCAAGUGAUCCCUUUCUUACUCUGAGCAGAAUUCCAGGUUAAAAAACAAUACCGGUUGGUUAUCUUCCACUUUCUUCACAGAGCAGCCUUUGAAAGACUAUGAAGUAGUGAUGAGAAUAACUUUUACCUUAAGGUUUGUAUGCAUAGAGGCCAGCUGCGGCUUUAUUAUUAAGACACAGAAGUUGUCUGAACAUAAGCUUAUGGUUUUUUGCCUACCAAGACACUACCUGCACUGGGUCUUGUG